AUGUCCCAACAACCGCCCUACCAAGGCCCUCCAAACCCAAACUCUCGAGCUGCCGGACAGCCCUACGACUACUCUCAGCCGCCCCGUCCGUCGUCGCAGACCCUCGAGGACAGCAGGAUGGACUUUGGAAGCUACGCUUCGUCGUCUUCGGGGAGCGACUUUCGGUACGCGUCGUCGCACCACCGGCCGGACGCGCUGCCCUCGCUCCAGCCUCCCUCGACAGGAUCCUCGCAAAUGUCGCUGCUGUUUGGGUCCAACGCCACGACGCCGAGGCAGUCGGCCUUUACGCGCGAGCAGAUCGACCGGCCGCCGCAGCUCUCGCUCGCCAUGUCGCAGUACGGAUCCGCCUCGGGCGCGGCCAACCAGACGUCGUCGUCGUCGAGCGCCAUGCCGAUGCGCAUGUCGUACUUUGACGGGGGCGUCGGCACAAUGGCCUCGGGCGACAUGUCUGGCGGUGCCAGCUUCUCCGACCCUUCGAGGUCGAUGCAGCUUCCCGCAGCGUCUUCGUCGUCGCUAGCCACGUCUUCGACGGCCGCGGCGUGGCAGCAAUCGUCGCUGCACCGCACGUCGUACAACAGCCUCGGCUCGUCGUCGCAGAGCGGCUACGCAAGCUCCGACGCCGGAGGCAUGAUGCUGCCGUCCUCUACGGCGUUCGCCUACGACUCGUCGUCGGAGAACAACAGCCCCAUCCGGCCUCCCGGGUACUACGACGCCUCCUCGGCCGCCGGUCACGUAUCGUACGCCGGUCCGCACUCGUACGCCAGCGCCUACGGCAGCAAGGGUCUCGAGCAGGCCUACGGUGGCGGCCACCCUUCCGAAGUGUCGAUCACCGACAUCGACAACGCGCUGUCGCAGAUCUCGACGCUGUACAAGUCGGCCACCACCAAGAAGAACGCCGAAUUCUACCGAGACAAGUGGGCCCGCAUCUGGCUGAGCUGCAACUACACGCUCAAGGCCUCGAUUCAGAUCUCGAUUCCGAGGACCAUCCUGCACGAGUCGUACCGCAGGGCGUGCGAGUCGUUCGGCGUCGAGCCGCUGCAGGCGGCCUCGUUUGGUAAGGUGCUGCGCGGCCAGUUCCCCGACGUUGCCCAGCGCAGGCUCGGCGGACGCGGCAAGACGCGGUUCCACUACUGCGGCUUCGGCACCUCGAACCAGCGCGAGGCCAUCAAGGUCAAGCAGCUGCUCGACGACGAAAAGGCCGGACGCCUCCAGCUGAGCGUCGGCAUGAGCGCCGAGUUCGCGCAGCAGCACGAGGGUAGGACCAGGUCGAUCACCUCGGGCGGCGAAGACCUUUCGCGCAGCUACGCGUCGCUCGACCCCUCGGGAGACGGCCGCCACCUCCACUUUGCCAAUGCCGCCGGACACUACGGCGGGCAGUCGACGAGCGGCUCGCUCGAGUCGCAGGACGACAAGGUGGCGGCCUCGGCGUUUGCCACGCUCAACGCAUCGGCCUCGGGAGCGCAGGCGGGCACCGCCGCGUCCCACAUGCCACGCAGGCAUACGCUCUCCAGCUCGGACGCCAACCGAGUCAUGUUCGGCGGCAGCCUGCCCAGUCUUGGCGCCGGCGCUGGCAGCACCGUCGGGACCAGCGCAGACGGCAGCUUCGAAGCCGCCAAGGGCGAGCUUGCUGCCAGCGGCGUCGCGGCCAGCUCGUCGAGCGUCGGCGGCGGCUUGCUCCACCACCACGGCCGCCUGGAUCGCGCCGGCGGCGGCGACAGCUCCGGACUGCCCUCGGUCAACAACAGCCCGUCGCUGUCCAUGUCCGGCCGGCUGAGCCGCCCGCAGAGCGUGGCGCACUUUCGACGGUCGUGCAGGGACCUACCAGACUGGCCCAACCCGGACGAAGGCGACUCGACGCUCAACGCCGCCUCGUUCCACCUGUCGAUGAAGGGCAAGAUCGCCUGGAAGGAGUACGAGUCGAUGUGCCAGGAUCUACUCCAUUCCAUCUACCAGGGGCCCGACAUGGCGGCUUUCGACCGGAGAGCCACGGCCUUCUGGAGCGCCCUGAGCCAGGACAGUCAAGAGGCUAUGCGGACCGAGCCGACUCUGUGCGAGCUCAUCCUGCGCGGCGACGCCAUCAUUGUCCGGCAGCUGCUGGUGCGCCUCGACGACAUGAUUGGCGACGACGUCUCCGACGAGCGCACCGCGAGCCUCAGCGGGACGGCGAUGAGCAUGUCGAGCCGGCUGCAGAACCUGCUCGAGGGCAGGCUGCCGGCGUCGUUUGUCAAGUCCAAGGUGCAGGCGUGCGAGAAGCUCACCGAAAACCUCGAGCGGGUGGCGAGGAUCUUUGAGUCGAUCAAGCAGUUCCGCGAGAACUCGAUGCUCGACCUCACAUCCGGCCGGCGCUACCCGGACUCGCACCCCCUCGGCCCGCCGUCGUUCCCCUCGACGUCGUCUUCGCACGCCGACAUCCUCGGCCCGCACCAGGCGCCGUACGGCGGACCACCGAGCAAGGCCUCAUUCAACUUCCAAGGAGGCGCGCGGCGGCGCGACGACAGCAUCGGCAGCAGCGUCUCGGACUCGCACUACACCUGGCUCAGCGGGGACCACCAGUACAGCAGCUCUGCGUCCGAGAGCGACUUUUCGCUCCACUCUGCGCCGACGGCCGACACGGGCCACGGCGGCAACAGCGGCGUGUUUGGCAGCAUGGCAGCGCCGGUGGCGCGCAAGUGGUCGGGCCAUCGGAUGCGCAUGUCGUCUGGACCGCUGUCGAGGUCGACUGGCACUUCCGAGGCGUCGAGCAGCGCUGCGGCCGCACCUUCGUCGUCGUCGGCGGCCACGGCGACGGCGACGGGCGGGGCUGCUUCGGCGUCUGCGUCGGCCGCCUCGAGCGAGCAGGACAAGGGCCAGGAUCAACCCAUGGACCAGCUGUGA